CACACGUGUGUGCGUUACAAUAUUGUGCAAGUGAAAGAAAAAUGUGUGGAAAAUUUGCAUGUUUGAUGUUCCGUUAGAAAUGUGCACGAAUUUCCCGCAUAUCAAAGUGUUGAAUGUUAUCUUAAACACACAGCGCCCAAAAAACACACCGGAGUGAACCAGAAAACACGUUUAACACACCUUGAUUAAGUGCAGUUGCUUAGUGCUGUGCCAAAUAUAAUAAAAUAUAAACUAAAAAAUUAAAGAAAACAAAAAGUAAGGUUAGAAUGUAAAAGCAAGAUAUUUACAAGUUUAAAUUACAUUUUAAGUCAUUUCAAUAAAAAAAAGAUGGACGGGUUGCAUUUGAGUGAGAAUCAAAAUGGCGGCGUGGAGAAGAAGGAAAAUCCACUGGCGAAUAUUAAGAUUGAUCGACCGCUGUACGAACAUAAAGAAUUAAGGGAAAACUAUAACUAUGAAGAGAAAGCGAGGAAAAAAUGUGAAGUAGGGUUAGGGUUUAUAAAGGGUGUGUUGCCGAUCAUUGAUUGGUUGCCACAGUACAACUGGAAGGCAGAAUUCACUCCGGAUGUGAUUGCGGGUGUUACAGUCGCCAUUAUGCAUAUUUCACAAGGAAUGGCAUAUGGUUUAUUGGCACAAGUUCCACCCGUCGUGGGCAUCUACACGGCGUUUUUUCCUGUUAUAGUUUAUAUUUUUUUCGGAAUGGCCAAACACAACUCAAUGGGCACUUUUGCUGUGACAUGUCUUAUGGUCGGUGUGGUAAUCAACGACAACUGUGAUGACACCGAUAAUGAUUGUAAAAUACGAGUUGGAUCGUCUGUUUGUCUCGUCACGGGUGUUUUUCAGUUAAUAAUGUACAUAUUUCGACUUGGGAUUGUGAGUACAUUGUUAUCAGAGACACUGGUUUCCGGUUUUACAACCGGGGCAGCAGUACAUGUGCUCGUAUCACAGAUCAAAGACGUUUUGGGUGUUAAACCUGAUAAAGAAGAGAGUAUCUUUGGAAAUAUUUAUACUUUAAUCAGUAUUGCUGAACAUAUUAGUGAUUUUAACUACAUGGCAUUCAUUAUUUCCGUUCUUACCAUGAUUGUGUCUAUAGCCAACAAUGAAUACUUAAAACCAAAAUUAGCAAAAAAAUGUCCGAUUCCUUUCCCAUUGGAACUGGUGCUUGUUUUAGUGGGUACAGGGUGUUCAUAUGGAUUUGACCUUGCUAAAGAAUACAAAAUCACCGUUGUUGGAGAAAUACCCAGCGGAUUACCACCACCGAGUGUUCCACCAAUUGAAGACCUCAUUUCCGGUAUCUGGGUGCAGUGUAUAAUGAUUGCUGUUGUUUCCUAUGCCAUUUCAUUGUCAAUGGGUUUAAUUUUCGCACAGAAAUACAAUUAUGAAGUGGAUGCUAAUCAGGAAUUAUUAGCGCAGGGUUUGGGUAAUCUGGUUGGAUCAUUCUUCAGCUGUAUCACAUUUGCGGCUUCCUUAUCACGCAGCUCCAUCCAGGCCAAUGCGGGUUGUAAAUCCAACAUUACCUCGGCAGUUUCCUGCUCUAUUCUGUUCAUUAUCCUCAUGUGGGUCGGGCCGUACUUUGAACAACUUCCAAAAGCUAUUCUAGCUGGAAUAAUCGUAGUGGCUCUUAAAGGUCUUCUUUUCCAAAUGAAGGACCUACCGAAGUUCUGGUAUCUGAAUAAACUCGACGGUAUUGUGUGGGUGGGCACAUUUUUAGCUGUUACUUUCGUCAGCAUUGAUAUUGGUCUGGGCGUUGGUAUCGUCAUGUCAUUAGCGGUUAUUCUUAUCAGAGGAAUUAAGCCUUAUGCUUGUUUACUCGGAAAUGUGCCUGGGACUGAGUUGUAUUUGGAUAUUAAACGUUAUAAAGGUGCUGAAGAAAUUCCUGAGAUUAAAAUCUUCCAUUAUCAAGGCAGUAUUAAUUUUGCAUCGAAAGCAAUGUUCCGUGCGGCAUUAUACGAAAAAACAGGCGUGAAUCCAGCUGAAGAGCUGAAAAUUAAACGAAAAUUGGAGAAAUUAGUUGCAGAUUCUGCGCAAUAUGGGUCAACCACAGACUUAAUGCACCGCAAGAAAAAUAAAAGCAAACCAACUGAAGUGAAAUGUAUCAUCUACGACUUCACAGCUUUGAGUUAUAUUGAUCCUUCAGGUAUUAUUAUGAUGAAAACUUUGUCUUUGGAGUAUAAAAAGUUGAAUAUUCCGAUUUAUAUCGCUGGAUGCUCAGAACCUGUGUAUGAAACAAUGGUAAAAUGUGAUUUGCUGGAUGAAAAGAAAGAGUUUUAUAAGAUUUUUGUCACGCUUCACGACGCUGUGCAGUUCGCGACGAAAAAGAACACUCAGAAUGAUCAGGAUAGUAUGACGAUAGCAACAAUAUUCUAAGUUAAACAAUAAAUAAAUUUAUUGAUGGAUAAAUUGAUAAUUUAGGUAAUUUUGCUUAAGUAUCUAGGAAUUAUUGUAAAUAUGUAAUAUUUUACUUAAUAUUAGAGUAAAUUAAAUUAUUUUAAUUAAA